AUGAACCUUCAUAACAUUGAAGAGCUUAACCAGAAGCAACAGAACCAGUAUAGUAAUAAUAAUAAUAAUGAUAAUAAUAAUAAUAAUCUUUGCUAUCCUUCUUCUACUGCAAUAAAGAGUAAAAAUAAUAAUGAUAUCGAGAAUAAUAUAAAAGUUUUUGUGAGAUGCAGAUCUCGAAACCAAAGGGAAAUAGAUGAACAAAGUAAUGUAGUAAUUUCGACUUUUUCCUCAUCUCCGGGUCCUAGCAUUGGUAAUAAUACUAUUAACACCAAUAGCACUACUAGUACAGAACUAGUAUUACAACAAUCCAGAAACCUACAAAAAAAAUUUCACUUUGACAAAGUAUUUGGAGCUGAAAGUGACCAAGAAAAAGUUUAUCAAGAUAUUGCACAAAGUUAUAUAGAUGAAAUGUUGCAAGGCUACAACUGUACUGUUUUUGCAUACGGACAAACAGGAACUGGGAAAACUUAUACGAUGACUGGCGACAUUACAAAUUAUUAUUUAAAUAGUACCACCGACGAAAUAGUUUUAAGUGAACAUUCUGGCAUUAUUCCGAGAAUAUUAGUAGAUCUAUUUAAAAAUUUAAAUAAAAAAUGUGACAUAAAUAACAACAAUAAGGAGUAUUCUGUUAAAAUCUCUUUUUUAGAAUUGUACAAUGAAAAAUUAAAAGAUUUAUUGGCGGAUGAGUAUUCUGAAGACAAAGAGGUAAAAAUAUACGAUAAUAUUAAAAGCAGUAAUGGUACUACAACUUCUAAGUCUACUAGCAAUACCCAAAAUACAGGAAGUAUGUUAGCGCGUCGUUCUUCUUCAUUUUACAGAAAUUCAAACAAUUAUUUGUCAAAAAGAUCAUUUUCAAGCUUUAAUCAAGGUUUUACAAAAAAUUCGGAUAAUAAUAUUGCUUGCAAUAACAACUUCAGGUCUUUGUCCGCCUCUUCAUCUUCAUCGUCAUUAUCAAUUUCCAGUGAAAACACUUUAAAAACAAAUAAUAGCAAUAAUAAUAGCAACGGUAAUGCCAACAAUGGCAAUGGCAAUGAGAAGCGGGAAAGUAACCGUAUUUUGAGCGAUAGAAUAUCGCAUAAUUUCAUGAGAGGAACACAAAGCCAACCAUUGUACGAAGUAGAUACAAAUGUUAAUAACAGAAAAAAAACUCUGUUGAAUUCAACGAAAACAAAAUACCAAAAGGGCCUUGUAUCCUCCACUACAAGUGGUUCUAGUAUUAUAAAUCCAACGAAUUCACGUAACUCUAUACUAUUAAAGGGUGUUCAAGAGUUUUUUAUUACCUCUGCCCUAGAUGGACUAAAGUAUUUAGAAGAGGGUUCUUUGAAAAGACAAGUUGCUGCCACAAAAUGCAAUGAUUUAUCAUCAAGAUCACAUACUAUCUUUACCAUAACAACACACGUAACAACAACAGACCCUUUAUCGGGCGAUGAAUACGUAAAUGUGGGUAAAUUGAAUUUAGUAGAUCUAGCGGGAAGUGAGAAUAUUAACAGAUCUGGCGCAGAAAAUAAAAGGGCGCAAGAGGCUGGUGUUAUAAAUAAAUCUCUAUUAACUUUAGGUAGAGUAAUCAACGCCUUAGUAGACCAUUCAGCACAUAUACCGUAUAGGGAAUCUAAACUAACCAGAUUACUACAGGAUUCAUUAGGCGGGAAAACUAAAACGUGUAUCAUAGCGACUGUAUCACCCGCAAAGGUGUCUAUGGACGAAACAAUAAGCACUUUGGAAUAUGCUACAAGAGCAAAGUCCAUCAAGAACACGCCACAAAUAAAUCAGUCAAUGGUCAAGCAAAGUUGUAUUAAUGAGUAUGUUAAAAUAAUUGAAAAUUUAAGAUCUGAGUUGAGGGCAGCUAGAAAAAAAGAAGGUGUAUAUAUUCCAACUGAUACGUGGGAGCAAUUACAGAAUCAACAAGAAAGUAAUACAACUUUAAUAAGCGAGCAAAAAAUAAAGAUAGAUUUAUUAGAAAACCAACUGAAAAGACUCAAGAAAAAUUUUUUGGAACAAUGCAAUUUUGUAAAGGAUAAAGAAAACAAACUAACGGAAAUUACCGGUAUAUAUCAGCAAACACAUUUUGAAAAGGUUCGAAUGGAAAAUGAAUUGGUAGAAAUUAAUGAGAAUCUGCAAAUAUUUUUAGAUAAAAGUUCGAUAAUAAAUGAAGAAAACUUGCGAAAAUUCAAGCAACUAUUUAAUAAAUAUCAAUCGUUAAUCAAUAUCUAUGAAUCCAAUCAAAAGGUAACUACUCAAACUGGCGAACAAAUAUUAUAUAGUGUGGAAGACUUGCAAAAAGUUAUAAGCCAUCUGAACAAUUAUAAUACUAGGUUUAAAAGAGUUUUGAAAUCCGUUUCUAAUGAAUUGGCAUUGAAAUAUAAAAGUUUGAUUGAGGGAAGUGGCAAAGGCGUAAUGCUUAACUCGAUAAAUGCAUUUAAAGGCAAAUUUGAAGAGAUUUAUAACGGAUCCUUUCAUAAAUUAACACGCGAAUUUGACGCUAUUAUUCAAGCUUUUCAAAACGAAUUUAUGGAUACAAUUUCUACAACAUUUCAGAAAUGGUGGGAUAGUGACAUUGCUCAACUUUUAAAAAAUAGAUUGGUCAGUAAUUUGGAACUCUUGGUGAUGGAUGCUAAAAAAGAGUUAUUGAAUAAUUUAGAUGUUAUUCAGGGACAAAUUUUUGAAAAAGUCAAUAACUAUCAGUGCCAAUUACUGGAUGAAAUAAACAUAAAAGCUUUGGAUUCGAAUUCUAUGUUUGUUUCAACUUGUGACGAUUUGCAUCAUGAUGCAAUAAGUAAUUUAAGAGAGGUAAACUUUAAAAAUUUAAAACUAUAUCAAGAAAACAUUGAAGCAAUGUUUACGAAAAUGACCAAGUUUAUUUCUCAAACGGAAAACCAAAUAAUUCACGAGUUAAAUGUCCGAAAUGAGGAAACAAUGGGAACUGCAAUUAAGGUUUUUGACGAUUACCACUCCAAAUCUAUGAAAACGAAUGAGCAAAAAAAUCAUGAUGUUUCUAAUAGCAUACAAUCACUAAAACACCACACUAGUAAUCCAGGCAAUAAUUCUCAAUUGGAAGUUUCAUUGAAAGAAAUAUGGACAGAUGAUAAACUGAAAAUCAACAAAAUGUUUCCCUCUUCGGAAUUUUUUAACGAAAAUUGGACAGCUGUUAAUAAUUUAAUCAAAAAUAGUAAGAGCCAAGAAUUAUUGAACAGCAGAAUUGCUCCUAUAUUUAAUAGCAAUAUUGUUACUUUUAUGAAUAAUUUUCAAGAAAAAUUAGGUAUACUGAAACAAGAGUUUAAUAAUUACAUUGGUUUGGAAAAUAGUACAACAAAUAAAAUCAAAAAUGGAAUUUUAGAAUUUGAAAAAUGUUUAACUAAUAUGGAUCAAUAUAUUACGAAUGAAUAUAAUAACAAUAUUAGUCAAGUCCAUAUAACACAAGAUGAAAUAUUAAUUGAACAAACUGCUCAAGUUAUGAAUGUCGUGGGAAAAUUAAAUGGGUUGAAACGUAGAUUAAAUGACAUGGAGGAUUGUAAAGUCCUGGAAAAAAAAGUUGAUGAUUUACAGAAAGAUUUUGUUUUUGAACCAUUGCCAUCUUGGUCAGUGAAAUUGCAGCAAAUAAAUGAUUCUAUCGAAAAAGAAGAAAUUCCUAUUGCCGAAAAGAGUAAAAAUUUAACACCAUCACAAUCAACCUGUGAGUCUGUAGAAAUUUUCAAACUAAAAAACAAUGUUACACCUAAUGGUGAAAAUAUUAGUAAAAACGAUCAAAUUUUUUGUCCUCUAUCAGCUACUCCAAUUCCAAUACCUGAUCAGCCUUUGCCUAAGAUGAACUUUAUAAACAAUUCUAAUGUUAAAAGAAGAAAAGUUUCAAACGAUAAACAAUGA